UAACUACAAUACCAAAUGGUUUAUAUUCUUGCAGAUGAAAUUUUAAAGAUGCUGUUUUCUUAACUUUUUCUCGGGGAUUUAGAAAGUCAGGAGGAGAUGAACGCUGAUGAAGAUGGAGACCCUGAUGAAGGUGGGGGUCAUCACAUCAUCUCCUGGGGCUGUGGAGAAUUUGGUCAGCAUUGUCAUGGCUACAAGGAAGAUGUGGCUUUUUCCAAUGGCCUUCUUAAGGGAUUUCCCACAAGGCAGACCAAAUUUAUUGCAUGUGGAGCUAGUCACACCAUUCUAGUCACUGAUAACAAUGAAAUAUAUUCUUGGGGAAAUGGAAAUAGUGGACAACUUGGUAAUAAUGUUAAAGAAUUCCAAUGGCAGCCAGAGAAGGUUCAUCUCUAUGACGAAGCCCCAGAAACCUUACCAGAUGUAGGCGGGGUGGCCUGUGGUGGCAGACACUCUAUGGUGUGGUUGUCCAAUGGGAACGUGUUCAGCUUUGGCAACAAUUUCCAUGCUCAACUAGGUUAUGAUUAUAGAGCAAUGAAUUAUAAAGAAAAUCAGGUUAAGCCACAUCUUUUAAAGUUUCUGAUGCACAAACCAGUUGUCCAAAUUUCUUGUGGAGAAAAACAUUCAGUGUUCAGAUUUCAAGAAGGAACAAUUGCAUGUGUGGGAUCCAAUGCCAACGGUCAGAUAGGGAGUGGAACUCUGGAGGAAGCUACUGUUCCUGUCCCAGUAGAACUGUCCAAACCUGUCAAAUAUGUCGCCUCCGGAGCUAGUCACACUCUGGUCAUCACCGAUGAGGGGGAAGUUUAUGUGUGGGGGUAUGGUAAAGCAUGCGGUAAAAACAAAGACAUCCUGUCCCCAGAGAAAGUGCCCCUCAAAAACAAGAGAGUGACUCAGGUAGCAGGAGGAUCCGCCCACAGUCUGGCAUUGACAGAAACAGGCAGUGUGUAUGUUUGGGGAAGUGGUUCUGACGGACAGUUAGGGUUGGGUAAAGCUGUUACAUUUCAAAGUUCCCCUAAGAAAGUCCACCACUCAGAACUAAAGAACAAUGUAGUGCAGAUUGAAACAGGGGAGUACUACAGUGCAGUAAUUACAGAAAAUGGUGAUCUUUUUUUCUGGGGAAAGAAUAGCCAUGUUAUUAGACCUGACAAACCAUCCAAUUCUAAGUUCUGGUUGCCAUUUCACAUCAACAAAGGUCUAGAACCUGUCCAAGCUGUGCAUUGUGGCUCCUGGCAUGCUGUUGCUAUAGGCGGUUAUCCAGCAUCAGUACUACAACCUCAGAUUCAUUCAGAAGUGUCAAAUCAAGAGUUUCCAAUGGCUUCUCCAGUAAAUGGUGUACAUGAGAGUGAUGACACAUCAUCGGAAAGUGAAGGAGAUUUUACAGAGUUACCCCAGAUAAAAUCCAACAAAGAUUACACUACAAACAAGGAAUCUACCAAAAUCAGUAUUGCUGACUUCUAUGCUGGUCAAGACAUCUAUUCCGAUGAAGGUGAGCCACAAAGUCCAGCUAGUUUUUCUGAGAUUAAAAAUGACCAUUUGAAAGCAGAUACAAUGCAGAUAGACAAAGCAGAAAGUGCCAAAUCUCAUAUUGUUGUUCAAGUCCCGAGACCAUCUAAUACAGCAGUGGACGUGGCUACUUCACCUAUUCCUUUUAGUGACUCAGAAUCGGAGAGUGAAAGUGGUUCUAAGACACCACAAAAUCUUGCCAAACCAGUGAGUGCCAAAUUAAACAAAGUGCCUCAGGUUAACUUGGAACCAAUACAUGUGGCUCCAAAUGAUUCAAAAGUAGUAAACAAUAUACAUGCCGGUGGCUUUAAGUCUGAAAGAUAUACAAAAGUAAGUGUUCAGCCAAAGUAUUUUACAGCCCCUCUUGAGAGAGAAAGAGAGAGGUCAACUUUGAGUAAGCCCCCAACAACUGUGAUACAGUUAAGUAAGUCAACUGCAGACAACUUCGUAUUACCAAGAGAAAACACCAACUUUACCAGUAGACAAAUUGAUCUAACUGAUGUGGAGUAUGCAAGAGCAGUUAACUCAUCUAAAUCUAGUGAAAAACUAUACUGGAUAAAUAAAUUAAAUGAAAGUCGUGAACGUGAGCAUUUAGCACGUUUUCAAAAUGGAAAUACUCAAUUGCGUACCAUUACCCAAGAUAGUAAUGCUAGUCGAAACACAUUCAGGUCUGGUCGAAUGAGUGAUACUGCUGUUGUGAAUUUAUAUUGCUAUGACAAUGUAUUAGAUGGUACUCCAGCCAAAUGGAAUCGUAGCAUAGAAAGUUCUCUGGGGGACUAUGGACGCCAGUUUGGUAACGGUGAUAUUCUGGAGGAGGCUAGAAGAGCUGCUCGACUACCUCCAAAAAAUAAUACUCCCAGUAACAGCAUUCCAAGCAAGAAGUCUGCUGAUGCCAAUUUUGUUAAGCCAAUAAUCUCUGGAUAUUUGUUGCGGCAAAAGCUCCAGAUCUCCCGCAAUGAUACAGUCAUUGCUCCUCUGAAAGUACCCAAGAAAACUGCCACUCCCCGACUCAACCUUAUGGAGCGGUACGCAAGUGUUCACAAUCCUACAUCAAGUAGUAGUAAAUUUCAGGAAAAGAAAUCAAAGUUUGGUUUAAAGACGCCACGAAAUGUCAGUAUACCGGGCAGUAGAGGGAAUUUGAAAAAAGAGUUGGAGGAAAUAUGCAUUAAAGGUGAAACAGGACCAAAGAAAGCAAUGUUUUCUAGUGCUACUUCUUGGAAGGACAAGGGGGAUCUUGCUCGUAUCAAGGACUUGACAAAUGGAAACAUUAAAAGCAAGACUGAUUUAAUAAUUUCUACUGAAACGUUGAAAAAUAAGGAGAAAAGUGAAAAGAAAUCAAAAUUGAAUGGACAAGAUAAAGAAAAUGAAAUAAUUGAAAACAGUUCCUCUAAAGAAGGUGAAGAGGAAGUGUUAGAAAAUAAUUAUUGCAUAGAAGAGACCAUGUCUGAUUAUGGAAGAAAGUCGGUAACCCAGUCGAGCUAGAGCAUGGAUCGGAGUCCUUUACAGGUUGUCCGAGCCCGUUCUGCUUGUACUUGGUCUAAGUCGACUCGCUCGCUUCCACUAGAAAAACGGCUUCAAAAACUAACAUUGUUGUCAUGCAAUAAAACACUAGGCCACUUCUAA